GCUUAACCGUGAUAGUCGAAGCAACGAGGAAACGUAGACGCUGUUUAUAUCAGACAGUUUGUUCGGUUUAUUGAUACUUGCUGACAUCAUCUGGAGCUGAUCUUAAACCAGCAGAAUGGGUGAGAGAAAAGGAGUGAACAAGUACUACCCUCCGGAUUUCGAUCCAGCCAAGCAUGGAUCGAUCAAUGGCUACUGGAAAACCCACCCGCUACGGGAACGAGCCCGGAAACUGUCUCAGGGCAUCCUCAUCAUCCGAUUUGAGAUGCCCUAUAAUAUUUGGUGUGAUGGCUGUAAGAAUCACAUAGGCAUGGGGGUCCGAUACAACGCAGAGAAGAAGAAAGUGGGGAAUUACUACACAACUCCAAUAUACAGGUUCAGGAUGAAGUGCCACUUAUGUGUGAACUACAUAGAGAUGCAGACAGAUCCAGCCACCUGUGAUUAUGUCAUUGUAAGUGGAGCCCAGAGGAAAGAGGAGCGAUGGGAUAUGGCUGAGAAUGAGCAGAUUCUCACUACUGAGCACAGUGAGAAAGAGAAGCUGGAGACGGAUCCCAUGUAUAAAUUAGACCACGGGGGAAAGGAUAAGGAGAAGCUACGUGCCGCCAUUCCAUCUCUCACUGAGCUUCAAGAACACCAGUCCGGAUGGAAAGACGACUUUCAAAUCAACAGCACACUCCGCAGGAAGUUUAGAAAUGAGAAGAAAGUGAAAGCCGAGGAGGAGGAAAAAGACAACGCAGUGCGACAGAGGACUGGUCUGUCCAUCCCUUUGUUACCAGAGAGAGAAGAGGAUAAGAAGCUAGCCUCACUGCUCACCUUCCAGAGCCCAGACUCAUAUGAAGACAGACAGCACACAAAAAGGCAACAGAUAUCAUCUCGUUCUUGGUUUAAUAGACCCUCCUCAGCAGCAGGGGGCGCCGCUGGAAACCUCUUGCAGAAGUUAGGCCAGCAGGGUCGAGGAGCAGCUGUUGCCAAAGCACUCGGCUCUUCUACGCCUAUUUCUCACAUCCUUGUACGCAGGAAGUCAGAGGGAAGCAAGACUGAAAAUGGCAAAGAUACAAACUCAUUGUCUGCUAAAUCUUCCCCUGAUGUAAAUUUAGCCACUAUGGACACCGAAGAGUGCAACGAAACAAACAAAUUCAGACCACAACACACACUCUUUCCUCUCACAACUUCGGGGGAUGAGAGCAAGGACAUAACUCAAAACUGCAUUACAGAGAAAUACAGAGGAAGCACGUCAGAACAUUGUGGGAUAGCGGAGGAAAAUGGCACUGGUUUGCGUUCUGGAAAGUCUCUGGUUGCAGAUUACAGUGACUCAGACUCAGGCAGUGAGGUCUGAUGCUGACUGAAGAUGAAAUGAAGGCACUGCUUUUAGUUCCUACAUGUAUGAGUCAUCUUAUGGUAACAUUUUCUGAAUUGAAGAGUCAACUAACUGUUAUGCAGAUAAUAUCAUUUGUAAUGCAGUAUUUGUAUAAAAUUAAAGCAGUGCAAGAUAAAAGCAGUUUCACUAGACAAGUGGAUCCUACGAUGUAUUUUCUAGUAAACAAAUAAAAAUAUAGUAUGCACAAAUAAAUAUA